AACGCCUGGUGUAACUGCUGAAUUCGUUUUGUUGGCAAACGAAACCAUGUAUGGUCAUUCUGCUGGUUCAGAAGUCUAGGUAGAAAGAACAUCCAUUGAUCCCCUAUCUACGUUCUCCCUCUUCAAAGAAGGGAGAGAGAAGAAGCCGAAAUUCUCAACCGGCGGUGAAGACCCACCAUGCAAUUGAAACCCAUUAACACCUUUACCGUCUUGCUCAUGAUGUUAUUCACCUUCUUGGUCCUCUCCUUCUCCGGCAUCCUCGAAUUCCCUUCUAUUUCUACCUCAAUUCAACAAAUUGACAACCCAGCCUCGUCCAAGAUCGAAACCAAUCCAGAACCCUUUACUGAUUUGUUCAGUGCCUUCAAGAAGUGGGAUUCGCAAGUGGGUUGUGCUCGGUUCAGGGAAGACCAAAGGGGUUCGAUCCAUGUUGGAGGUAAUGUGUCUGCGUCUUUGCAGGAAACUAGGGGUGAUUCGGGAUGUAGUGAGUUGAAAAUGAACCAUGUUAGUGUUUUGGUCAAGGGGUGGACUUGGAUUCCAGAUAAUUUGGAUAAUCUGUAUUCUUGUCGAUGUGGGUUGAGCUGUUUGUGGACCAAAUCUUCGGUUCUUGCUGACAAACCCGAUGCAUUGUUAUUCGAGACAACCACGCCUCCAUUGCGGAGACGUAACGGUGAUCCACUUCGUGUAUACAUGGACCUAGAGGCUGGCAGGAAGCGGUCUGGUUGGGAGGAUAUAUUUAUUAGCUACCAUGCUGAAGAUGAUGUUCAGUCAACUUAUGCUGGUGCUCUCUUUCACAAUGCUCGAAAUUAUCAUGUGUCUUCUUAUAAGAAAAGGGAUGUACUAGUUUAUUGGUCUUCAUCACGAUGCCUUCCCCAUAGAAACCAGCUUGCAAAGAGUCUCCUCAAGAUGCUUCCUCACCAUUCAUUUGGGAAAUGCCUGAACAAUGUUGGUGGCCCAGACAUGGCCCUUACUCUAUACCCCAAGUGUGCUAACGAUGCCAGUGUUACCUCUAAAUGGUGGGACCAUUUGCAUUGUGCCAUGUCCAAUUACAAGUUUGUCCUUGCUAUUGAAAACACAGUAACAGAAAGUUAUGUGACAGAAAAGCUAUUUUAUGCUCUCGACUCUGGUGCAGUUCCUAUCUAUUUUGGCGCCCCCAAUGUCAUGGACUUCGUACCUCCACAUUCAAUCAUAGAUGGGACCAAAUUCAGGUCCAUGGAGGAGUUGGCUUCUUAUGUCAAGGCCCUUGCAAAUGACCCUGUAGCCUAUGCCGAAUAUCACGCCUGGAGGAGAUGUGGCGUAUUGGGUAACUAUGUGAAAACCCGUGCAGCAAGCCUUGAUACAUUACCAUGCCGGUUGUGUGAAUCAGUUAGUAGAAGAGGUGGAAGAAAUGCCAGAGCUUAGUUAACCUUUUCUUGUUUUAUACUUCGUUUGGAUCAUUUUAGCCAUAACAGGAAUGAGAUUCCAUACUUUCUUGUUUUAGAUAGAUAUUUAAGGUGUACAUUAGCCAAAAUGUGGUGUACAAAGAAAAAAUCAAAUACAAAUAUGUAACAUCA